UCCCAGCCAAUGGGCCCCUGAUUCCCCGCCCCUUCCGCACCGGGGUAAAAAUCGAGCCCCAGAGCGUCUUCCGGCGGGAGCUGUGGCUCCUUAUCAUGGGGACAAUUCAUCUCUUUCGAAAACCACAGAGAUCCUAUUUUGGCAAGUUACUACAGGAAUUUAGACUUGUAGCAGCUGACCGAAGGUCCUGGAAGAUACUGCUCUUUGGUGUAAUAAACUUGGUGUGUACCGGCUUCCUGCUUAUGUGGUGCAGUUCUACUAAUAGUGUAGCUUUAACUGCCUAUACUUACCUGACCAUUUUUGAUCUCUUUAGUUUAAUAACAUGCUUAAUAAGUUAUUGGGUAAUGAUGAGGAAACCUAGCCCUGUGUAUUCAUUUGGGUUUGAAAGAUUGGAAGUCCUAGCUGUAUUUGCCUCCACAGUCUUGGCACAACUCGGAGCUCUCUUUAUAUUAAAAGAAAGUGCAGAACGCUUUUUGGAGCAGCCUGAAAUACACACGGGAAGAUUAUUAGUUGGUACUUUUGUCGCUCUUUCUUUAAACCUAUUCACGAUGCUUUCUAUUCGGAAUAAACCUUUCAGUUAUGUCUCUGAAGCUGCUAGUACGAGCUGGCUUCAAGAGCAUGUUGCAGAUCUUAGUCGGAGCUUGUGUGGAAUUAUUCCAGGACUUAGCAGUAUCUUCCUUCCCCGAAUGAAUCCAUUUGUUUUGAUUGAUCUUGCUGGAGCAUUUGCUCUUUGUAUUACGUACAUGCUCAUUGAAAUUAAUAAUUAUUUCGCUGUAGACACUGCCUCUGCAAUAGCCAUUGCCCUGAUGACGUUUGGCACUAUGUAUCCCAUGAGUGUGUACAGUGGGAAGGUACUACUCCAGACAACACCACCCCAUGUUAUUGGUCAGUUGGACAAACUUAUCAGAGAGGUAUCUACCUUGGAUGGAGUUCUAGAAGUUCGAAAUGAACAUUUUUGGACUCUAGGUUUUGGCUCAUUGGCUGGAUCAGUGCACGUAAGAAUUCGACGGGAUGCAAAUGAACAGAUGGUUCUUGCUCAUGUGACCAACAGGCUUUAUACCCUUGUGUCCACCCUGACUGUUCAGAUUUUCAAGGAUGACUGGAUUAGGCCUGCCUUAGUGUCUGGGCCUGUUACAGCCAAUGUCCUAAACUUUUCAGACCAUCACGUAAUCCCAAUGCCUCUUUUAAAGAACACUGAUGAUUUGAACCCUGUCACAUCAACUCCAGCUAAACCUAGUAGUCCACCUCCAGAAUUCUCAUUUAACACCCCUGGAAAAAAUGUGAGCCCAGUUAUUCUUCUAAACACACAAACAAGGCCUUAUGGUGUUGGACUUAAUCAUGGACACACACCUUAUAGCAUGUUUAAUCAAGGACUUGGAGUUCCGGGAAUUGGAGCAACCCAUGGAUUCAGGACUGGUUUUACAAAUAUACCAAGUAGAUACGGAAGUAACAACAGAAUUGGACAGCCAAGACCAUGAUAUACCCUAACUUAUUUUUAUAAGGAAUAUUGACUCUUUGGCUUCCAAUUUAUUUAGUAAUCCACCUUGCAUUGACUAUUCAAUCAUUUACACUAAAUGUUAGAGACUAAUGGGCUUGUUCACAUUUCAUGAAACAUAAACUAUAUUUUUGUAAAAUGUUUUUGUGGCAGUGAGAUCCUUGCAAAUGUUACAGACUUUAAAUAGGCUCCUUUUAGAAAGUUUGUUUCUCUAAAUUUUAGUUUUGCUGUCUUUGGUUUUGUAACUGCCUGUGGUAUGAUAUGACCUUACCUUUGUAAGAGAGCCUCUUGAUUUUUUCAGUGAAAUUUAUAAACAUGCUUUGUGAAUAAUACACAUUUUAGGAAAGGAAAACGAUGUCACUUUUAAAGUAAAAGUCUCCUUUAUAAUUUUUCCAAACUUAAUCACUACGUGUUUUUUGAGCCCUUCUUAAAUUAUAGCUUUGGUUUUCGUUUUCGUUUUCGUUUUUGUUGUUACUGCUGUUGUUAUUGAGACAGGACCUCGCUAUGCAGUUCGUGCUAGCUUUGAAUUCACUAUGUAGCCCUGAUUGGCCUCAAAUUCUCAGUGAUCCUCCUGCCUCAGGCUCCCAAGUGCUGGGAUUAUAGGUAAGCACCAGCACACCCAGUUCUAAAUUAUGUCUUGCAAAAUAAAAGCAAACUUUUUUUGAGGGGGGUACCGGGGAUCGAACUUGGGACUUUCCACUUGCGAGGCAGGUGGCAGAACCACUGAGCUAAAUCCCCGGCCCGGAGCAAACUUUUUUAUGGGAAAUUUUUGAGACACAUUUUACUUUCUAGCACAAUUUAAAGUUUUUUUAAUUAUCAGAAUUUUUUUUUAAUUAUUAGAAUUUUUGUUAAAGUUUGUCUCGUUCACAAAUUUCAACACAUUUGGGUUUUUUUGUUGUUCCGUGUUUGUUGUUGUUUCAGAUAGGGUCUCGCUGUGUAGUUCAGGCUGGCCUUAAACUAACUAUGUAGCCCAGGCUGGCCUCAAACUCAUGGAAAUUCUCCUGUUUCAGCCUUCCAAGUGCUGGGAUUACAGGCAUGUGCCACCAUGCCUGGCAACACAUUUGUAAAUAGUCCAUAGUUCUCAGUGUUUUAAUUAGUUGAAUGAACACCAAACCUUUGAUGAAAUACAAUGAAAGAAUCCCAGUUUUCUAUGUUCAUAAUAGUAGAAUGAGUCUUUUUAAAUUACUUUUUUUUUUUUUAAUAUUGGGGAUCAAACUCAGGACCUUGCACUUGCGAGGCAGGUACAGUCCCACUGAGCUAAAUCCCUGGCCCCUAAAUUACAUUUUAAUUAGUUGAUGUUUUCUUUCUCAUUUUAUUACCAAAAUAUAUUACCAAAAUAUAUGGAAUUCCAUACGUAAUAUGGGAUUGGAUAUCUUUUCAAAUUUGCAUACUUUCACUAUAUAUUAUAUAAUUUUACCAAAAUAUAAUGGACUGUAGAUUAUAGGAUACAGUAUUGUUAGGCUGGCAUGGGCAGUUUCUAACAGUUUUGCUUGCUUUAUCAAAAAAAUAGUGAAUUGCAGCCGGGGAUUUAGCUGAGUGGUUCUACCGCCUGCCUUGCAAGCGCAAGGUCCCAAGUUCAAUCCCUGGUACCAAAAAAAAAAAAAUAGUGAAUUGUUAAUGUGAUACACUGUGAGAAUCAUGUAAAUUAUUUUUUGGUCAUUUUCCAAAUGCAGGUUUUAAAGACUUUACAACGUGGCCAGUACUAUUUCCAGAAAGUAUAAUGAGUGGUUGUCAUACAUGACCUAUGAAGCUUCUUUUUCUUUUGUGUUGUUCUAUUUUUUCAUGAGUUGUAUAUUUACGAUUUAAAAAAAUAUUUUGAAAAUGGAUUCAACUUCCCUAGAAUCCAUUGCUUCUGGAGAUCUGUGAUUUUUUCCAGCCAGCUAACAGCUAUCUAGAGAAGUUUUCUGGGUUUUUUUGUAGAAUUGGCAGCAGUUUCCUUGGUCAGCUCAUCCUCUUUUACAAAAGUAAGACACUUCCAAAUCCUCCUUCACAGUGGAGUCCCAGAUAUCAAAAAAGCCAUCUCUAUCAAGCAAAGUUGUAAUCAUCUAUGGUGAGAGCGACCAUGUUCUAAGCACUUUUGGCUUAGCACAGAGUUGAUCAUUGUCUAUCUGCAGCCCUGUUUGAGCAUUUGACCUGCUGAAGAAAUACAGUCCACGCUUCCUUGAUCACUGGGGAAAAGAAAGUUUGUGAAGUGUAGUAAGGCAACCUGUUUCUUGUCCUUUGUCUUAUGUUCUCCAAAUAUUACUGUCCCUAUUGUUGGUCUACUUCAAGGUGAUUUUUCCUCCAGUGACCUCAUGUAAAUGUGAGUUGAGGUCAUGCAUGAAAUCUGAAGAACUGCCUUGUCCUGAGUGAUAAUUAAGAGGUAUGUGCUGCCUUCCCAGAUAGGUCUUCUCAUGUCUUCCCAUGGGGUUUUUACAUGAUUGGGUACUGAACACAGAUCCGUGCCAGGUUCUGUGCCUGCUUCCUCAGCACUCAUCCAGAGGAACAUCUGUGCAGCUGUGCCACCAAGGUCCUUUAAUACUCACCUGCCCUACUUGCUGAAAGUCAACGAUGCCAGAUGUUGCGGGUGUCAUUAGCCUAUGCAUUAUUUCAUAGGAGCCUUGCUGGCUAAGUUCUAAUUUAUGGAUAUGAGAAUAAUGAUCAUGGCCACCAGAGGACUGACUAUAUACAACAGCCUUAUUGGCAAAUCUUGCAGAGAAUCCUUUGAAGCAAGACAAUACAAAAAAACAAAAGGAAAUUUGAUUUAAAUACUUAACCCAUGAGCUAGGCAUGGUGGUGCACACCUGUAAUCCCAGCACUCAGAAUGCUGAGGCAGGAGGACUGCCAUGAGUUCGAGGCCACCCUGGGCUACAUAGCAAGACCUUGUCUCAAAAAACAAACACUUGACCCCCGCCUGUGAUUACAAGUAAGCUCCAUGGAGUGUGACUAUUCCUAUUUGAAGAAAUCACUAUAUUAUAAUGGAAAAAAAUCACUGGACUAGGAGGUAAGAGAUUUGGGUUUUAGUCCUGCUGCUGAAGCUUUUAAGUAGUUUUGUAAUCAUGGACAAGUAAGCCAGUUAGCAUCUCUGAGCUUUCUCAUGAGUAAAUUAGGGAGGUGAAUGAAUUAAUUGAUCUGUAAAAUUUUAUGACUAAAUCCGUAGAAUAUGUGCUCAAUUACUAAACAAAUUUGCCCAGAAUUCCUAACUCCUACCUCACAUACUAGCCAAGUGUUAUCUACACCAACAGCUAAGCCAUUAAUUUGAGGUGCUGUGAGAACAGAAGGCGUACCGCAAGCUAACACCAUUCAGAUUCUUGGGUUUUUUCUAAAUUUGCUUCAACUUAAAUCUGUUUAGAGAUUUUUUUAGACUUUUCUGUGAACAGUUAUUUUGGGAGAUGGUGGAGAAAAGAUUAAGGCAGGGUAUCCUUUGUUUCUGUAGGGAACAAAAGAAUGGGAUACAUUUUUCCUUCCUUAUGGAAUUACAUACAAUGAAUGAUUCAGCUACUGGGAGCCUUCAAUUUACCUGCUUAUCAACUGGCAGUUUUUACUUGACUGAAGAAUGGUGGCAGUCUAUUUUGGAAGUCCGAUAUGCUUCUAAUGUGAGAAAGUGUUGUUUACAUUCCAAAUCAUUUCAAUUAAACUAUUUCAAUUAAA